CACAUCGCCUCUCGGGCAAAUCGCAGCGAUGGUCAACAUUGACACGCUCUUCGAGGACUUUGUGCUCGCUCACGAGGAUCCCUCAGGCCCCAACGGCUAUCUCUUGGCCACAUGCGUCUCGCCUGACCCGCCCAAGCACGACCAGGGACGACUGUACCACUUUCGCAAUGGCAUAACUGCUGCAAACGCGCAGACUGACCUACGCUAUAAGCUGCAAUACAAUCCGUCGCUGCAUUUGGACAAGAAGGAGAUCAACACGUGGAUCGACAUCUUCUCCGCCUACCACAAGUUCGUGGGUACCUUGCUAGCAGCAGAAGAGCUGCAGAAUGUCGGCCAGACGAAUGAGGCAGACUGGGCACAGGUUUACGAGGACUGGAAGAAGGUGGUCAAUACCAUGUAUCAAGGGUACACUAUCGGCGUGCUUGGAGCAUGGACGAUCCCGUGUCUCUACGUGGCUGUCAAAUAUCUGCGAGUGUUCGCCAUAAAAGCAGACCAAAAGACCGCAAGUCAACGCGAGAGCGGCAUGGCAUUUGGUGGCAUCCAGGAAGAAGACGCUUUCGAUCCGAACAGCGCGAACGACAAGCUCGAAGAUGCUGCGCGUCAGAUCAACCGCAUUUUUGGUCUUUGUGCCGGCGACCGCAACCCACUUGAGGACUCGCGCAAGUGGGCACUCUAUUUCAUUGCCACUGCUCUUUUCAAAACCCACUUCAAACUCAACCACAUCUCGUUAUCGAAGAAUAUUCUGCGGACGCUCAAAUCGCAGAGUGACAUGCCGCCCCUCUCACAGUUUCCCAAAAGUCAUCAGGUCUCUUUCAUGUACUACUGCGGAGUCAUCCACUUUGUCGAUGAGGACUACGCUGCAGCUGAGCAGUAUCUCUCUUCGGCAUACAAUCUGUGCUACUCGAAGUCGGCGAAGAAUGUGCAGCUCAUACUGACUUACCUCAUUCCCACGAAACUGCUUACCUCGCACACGCUUCCCUCAUCAGCUGUGCUGUCACAGUAUCCAUCGCUAGCAAGGCUAUUCCAGCCAAUCGCAGAGUCGAUACGGAAAGGCGACCUGACCGGAUUCAACACAGCGCUGGAGAAUGGAGAAGAAGAGUUUGUCAAGCGGCGCAUAUACUUGACUCUGGAGCGCGGGCGAGACGUCAUCUUGCGCAACAUCUUCCGGAAGGUCUUCCUGGCUGGGGGUUAUGAUCCACCAAAAGAGGGCGAUACGGGUCCUCCACCUCGCAGAUCGAGAGUGUCGACGGACGAAUUCGCUGCCGCACUGCAGAUGGCAGGAGCAGAAGUGAACAACGGGGACCAAGGCUUCGAUUAUGAUGAGGUUGAGUGCUUGAUCGCAAAUGCGAUAUACAAGAACCUGAUGAAAGGAUACAUCGCCCGGGAACGUCGCAUGGUAGUCCUGAACAAGAACGGCGCAUUUCCGGGGACCGGCGUUUGACAACAUCCAUGCCGCACCUCAACCAGUUGUACUCUGACUUAGGCACAAAGAGCAUGAUUAUCGCCAGCCACCUUCGGGUACCAUAGCGAUAAAGUGAAGGCAACGCCUGUACCAUUGCGCCCUCGCUUGGCCUCAUGUCGAGCAACAUGGGGGCAAUCAGUUCCCGGCCCACACCUCCUUCGGCACUGAGCACACUAUCACGCCAUGCACCCGAGGCUUCGCUUACAUGCAUCCUUCAAUCAACCAUGAGUCACUGCGGCUGCCACACCUUUUACCCACCCGUGUCGAGAUCAUCGGCAAGGAUCGGAGAAUAUGUUUGAGAGACAUGUGGCAAGGCUAGCUUUAACGUAACUACACGUAUUGCUAUAUUGGUCUUGAACAAUGGGCAGUUGAAAAAAACUUCAGAGUAUGCAAGCGAUAUAUCACAUUACCGGAAGCCUCUUUUCGUUGCUUUCAACACAGUUUGGUCAGACUUCUCAGAAGAAGAUGUUCGAGAUCGAGACAUGGACGUUGUGUUUGAUGACCAUAAUUCUGAUUUCCAAUUUAUUGGCCUAGUCUCCUACAAGUACAAUCGAUCGCCCAGCGAUCUAAGUCCCGCAGCAAUCAAUGUCGGCAAGUCGCUGCGUUGGGUUGCGCUUCAUUUUCCUUCCCCAAGAUCUGACAGUCUGAUAUCGAAAAGUAGUGGGUUACAUUCUUGGUGUCCUUCCCAGCCCCCGCUCCCCUCAAACAAGUCGUCAAGAUGACAUAGUAGUACAAGAAUCCUUCGUGUUCGGUGCAGUUCUUAUGAUAUUUGUGUCAUGUUUUCGAAGUCGAUUUGCCCAAACGCCGUGCUGAUGCUGAAAAUGGUAAUUAUGCUUGCAGAAUAGUUGAAUGCAGAAGGGUAUCAAUGAUGUGGCGAGUCGUGAUGCUGAAUAGUGAACCAGGCCGAUUGGCCGCCCGGAUG